AUCACAAUGUGGUCUCACACUUUGGUUCCAAUUCUUAUCCUCGUGACAACUUAUGGCGUAAAUUGUCAUGAAAAUUCCGGUGAAAAAAGAGCCGACUAUAGUGGGUACACACUGCAUCGUUUUAAAGUUGACACGUCAUCAGACACAAUGGAAAAAUUGGAGGGUUAUGAUAUGCAAUUGGAUAAGACAACACAAACUGCUCGUCUUCUAAUCGAUAUCUGGGCAGAACCAUCAAAACAAAACCCGUACGCAGACAUUCUUGUGGCUCCGGAAUUCCUGCAAAAAUUCAAGUCGCUGCUGACUUCAGCCGAGCUUUCGACGUUGAAAAUGUUGGAGGGGGACAUUCAGAGCCAAAUCAACGCGGAGCGUCAUGCAAUGAUUCGGAACUCUGUGAGAAGACGCAAAAGAGCAAUGAAGACGUGGCAAGAGUUUGAUACAAAUGCCUAUCAUUCUUAUAAUGAGAUGGUUGAAUUCAUGAAACUGCUAUCGGAGCAAAAGUCGGAUAUGGUGGAGAUGGUAAAAGUUGCCACGUCAUCAGAGGGACGGAGCAUCUAUGGAGUCAAGAUCCACCCGCCGGGCCCCUCACCCCCGGAAAAACCGUCAAUAAUCGUGGACGCCGGCGUUCACGCGCGUGAAUGGAUUGCCCCCGCCGUCGGACUUUUCAUGAUCCGGAAAAUUGUCGAGGAGUACGGUAGAAAUCCGCAAGUUACAGCAAAUCUGCAGAAAUUCGAUUGGUACAUUAUGCCGCAAGUGAAUCCCGAUGGAUAUGAGUACAGUAGGACUACGGACCGUCUCUGGCGCAAAACCCGGAGCAAGAACGUCACAGUGAACCGUUGGUGCGUUGGAGCCGACGCCAACCGUAACUGGGGGUACCGAUGGGGUGAAGCCGGUGCAAAUCGUACACCUUGCUCGAAUAUCUAUAUGGGAAGCCAUCCGUAUUCGGAGCCGGAGAUUCGAGGGCUCAAAGAGUUUUUCACUUGGCAAAUCACUAAUCCAAUGGUCUACAUCAGUCUUCAUUCCUAUGGGCAACUACUUCUAUCGCCAUGGGGUUACACUAACGAGAGAACUGAAAAUUAUCAGGAUCAGCAAAACGCCGCUAAGGAGGCCGCUCAAGCCAUCAAAAACACUACCGGAGUGUCUUAUAGCUAUGGGACCAUUUCGGAAAUGAUGUACCCCGCAUCGGGCACCAGCAUUGAUUUCAUGCAACACCGCGGGGUUCCAUACAUCUAUGGUGUGGAACUGCGCCCCACUGACAACCCGAACAGUUUCGCGUUUAACUUGCCGCCAAGUUAUAUUAGAGCAACCGGCGACGAAAUGUUGGCCGCCCUGAACGCCAUCGGAACCCACGCGGUGAAGGUUAAGAGGCUCUAAUUUUUAAUUUUUUGAAGUUUUACUCGCAAUUCUUGCCUAAUCUGCUUUAAUUAUUAUUUUAUAACAUGAAAAAUGUUAUUU